CUAAAAUCCUGGCCGAAGCCCGAAGUCCGAGUCAACAGUCGGAUUUUUACCCUAAUAGAGACACCGUCGGGGUGCUGCAGACUUAACCUCAACGGGCGCCCGCGCAUCCCGCAUACUCCGUAUAACACUCAAUAUUGUCAUGGAUGCAUUAUGAUCCGCAUGGUAUUCAAAAGUCGGAGUUUGAAGCAGUUGUAGUUGCAGAUGGAGAGAGAGUUGGCAGUUGCUUCACCGCUUGCUUUCCCGUCUUCAGGUGACGUAGGCAGCUCUUUUGAUCGCUCUCUCUUGCAACAACCUUCCGAUUCCUUCACUUCCCCCCCCCAAAACAACAUGUCCCUCGCCGAUUUUCCUCACCUGGUUCCUCCGAUCCAUAUUUGAAGUUCUACACGCUUUGCUUUCUCUCGGAGAUGCUAUCGAUCUUGUCUCCCUGGCGGAUCGUACAAGAAGACCCCUGGAGGGUCCACAGUUGACUUUGCUUCUGAACCUAGCCCCCUGAGGACGACCGGGCCCAUUGCCGAAUUUCUUCUUUUCUUUCAUGAUAUGACCUUUGAAGAGAUUCUCUUGUGGCAGGCCCGCAGAUAACCUGUUCCCCGACAUGCCACAACCGACCGUUCCGACCAGCCCGCAGGCGGUUCCCUCGGCCGUAACUCGCGAACCAACAAGGACCUCCGCCGGCACCAAAGAAAGCAUUCAGAUUCCUCGCCAGGGCCACCAAAAACUGGUUUUCACCGAUCCCAUCGCCUUCCGCUACCUCGAGGAGGACCCGUCAACGUUCGUGUUGCACCGGCGCACGGUCAUACAAGGCUACGAGAUAUAUGUGGUGGAGCAGUGGGCGUGUUCUCGAAUCCACCCGACCUUUAUCAUCACGACGUAUACGGGAGAGCCGUCCCACAAGGUCGUGGUUGGCGUGCUGAGUGUUCCGACGGACGAUUCGACAUGGUCCCCGCGGCUGAAAUUGUACUUCAACGCCGUCACACAGUGCCAUGGACGGCAGAGGGAAACCCCGCUAGGAACACUGAUCAUCACGGAUCUUAAUUCAUUUCCCUCAGCCUUGACGGUCAUCCCGGUUCCCGAUGGAGACGUCGUGCGGCAUCGGCAGGACUUUGUUGUGAAUGAGAAUCUAAAGCGACUGAACUGUGCUGGCCGGGCCGGGUUGAAGUUACAGCGCCCGACGGCAGCGACCGAAGCCAAGUUCCACCUACUUUACCGCACCAGCGAGAGAGUGCCCCUAUACAGUGCUGUCAUCGAGUUGGUCAAGCAGUGCCAGAUUGCCUUGAUGAUGUUUGGUGAUUUGGCCCCGGCCUAUGUAGAUGGACUACUGUGUGAUGUCACCGAGGUUGCCAUCAAUGACUGGUGGACAGACAUGGGUAUCGACUUGUACAACAUCGAACCCAGCGACGGCGUGUUGGGCCCCACCACCGUUGCCGCCCUACUGGGGACCCUGAUGGGCGCACGGAAUCGGCUCCAUGCGUUUGGGGCCCCGGUGGGUAAGGACGCCUUUGAUAUUUCGAACCUCAAACGAGGCAUCUCGAGUUUCCAAAAGUCGCAGAAGAUCCCACGGACACGAAGAUUGGACCGUCAGACGUUGGACAGACUCCACCGAGUCACCGCCAAGGCAGCCAACCAGGAGGGCUGGACGGACACGGUGAAAUCGACCAUGGCGGAAUUAGGCGGGCACGGUGGAGAGAUGGUGAUGGGUAUGGUUCGCGGUCGAGAAAAGGGUGGCAUUGCGGACAUUGAAACCCUCGACGUGGACUAUUUUGCGCAGCUGGUGACCGGGGCAAGGGCCAAGUGGCUCUGGAGAGGCAAGCCGCGCAAGGACGGGCUGGACAGUGCCUUUGCGAUCGAUUCCCCGGCAGACGAUAUGACGUUGGCGACUGGUGAUCAGGGUGGCUAUCUUUGGACGAGCUUCAAGCGACGGUCGAACGAGGACUUUGCUCCGGACCGCCUGCCCGGGGGGUCUGAAUACCCAUCAAAACCCCCGGAGCUCUCGCAUGCCUCGGACGAAAAAGAUCAGAAUCUGGGCAGGAUGAUGCGACGGGGUGUCAGCGGGAAAGUGUCCGAUGCGCGGAUCGGCUUCGGCCGGUUUAAAGACGCGGUCGGAUUUCGGUCCCAUCCUCAAAAGCCACUGCGGGAUGGCACCGAGGUUGUCGGCGACACGGUAUAUGACAUGCCGGUGGAAAGCGAUACAGAGGCGUCGCACUUGAAAGCCGUUGGCGAUGGAAGCUACACCGAACUGGAGAGUAUGCCUGGUCAAGAGGCACCGGUCAACGGGGCUGGUGAUACCGUCGCCGAGCCAGCGCUGAAUGUGCUUUUACCCAAAUCGUCUGAUGCAGGCCCCCCAGCAAUCAAGGUGGAAACUGUAACAACCCCCGACGAACCACCGGAGCCCGCAAAUCGACCGGAUGACGAACCUCAGGACCUGGAACGCUGGAAGACGGUGUCCACCGACGUGUCGGUUGACAAUCGCGAGCCGAACGAGUCUGCGAUCAUGUCCUUGCGGCGUCCGCAGAGCUGCAAUGAAGUCCGGCGAGAAGUUGAACAGGAACGACCUAACGACCACUGGCCACGCCACUUGUCGUUCAGCACGGUCGAGGAGGUGGUCCUGGGGUGGGAAGACCUCGGAAACCGAUCCCUUGACGAGAAACCCGAUGCUCCCUUGGAGGAAGCGAUCUUGCACGAGGAGACUCUAACGUCCGAUGUGCGGAUCUUCUACUCUCGACUCCAGGAGUUGGGCGGCGCUACCGUCCCGUGGGUCGAGAAACAAGUGGAUUCCGUGGACGAGCUCAAUCGGAUCCUGCACGAAGACCAUGAAAAUAUCAACGCGACGUACAUGGACCGAUUGGAGCGAUACCAAAGCCUACGUGAUCAAUCGUGUGACAUUCUCACGGAGGAGCACUCGGGCAUCACGGAUCGGAUGCGCCAAGUGGAGCUGAUCGGAGCCAAGUUGGAUUACGAAGUCCACGCGCUGGAGUCGAAGGUCGAGGACGUGGAGACUGGUCUGACGGAGUUCGAGCGACACGUGAAUGACAUUGAAACCCGCAUCAAGACGCUGGUUCGCAGCGACGAGGAGAAGCAGAACACCUCGUGGCUGGCCUGGUUGUCUAGGCUCGCCGGACUUUCGACACCAUGAGAUGACUG